ACACUUGAAAAAAAAAUCCAAAUACGUGUAAAUGCGACUUCAUUACUUAUCGAAAAUAUUUCGGUGAAAGCUGCUCAUUCGAAUUACAUUUAUAAAGAAAGUUUCAUUGUUGUUUUAUACCUUUAAAAUUUCACUCCAUUCAAAUUACCUAUAUUCCAACAGUUUAUUGAUAUCAGUGAAUGCUCAUAAAGUAGAACUCACAGAGAUUUUUUUAGAGAAAAUACUGCAGCUGUAUUUGGGAUUAUUUGACAUCAAACGAUUACGAUUCAACCAUGCAGAAACGUAACGUACUCUGGUGGAUGAUCCUGUUUCAACUAAUAUGCAACACAUUCGUUACACUCAGUAUAAAUAUCGCAAUAGUUUCCAUGACGGGAACACCAUCCACAUCUAGCCAAGGAGAACUCUCAAAUCAGGCAGCCAUAUGCCCCAAUCAAUUAUUCUUUUUGAGGGAUUUCUUCACAAUCGAUGAGUCAUCGUCGUCGAAUACUCAAGAAGGAUUCGUACUAGAUUGGUCGGAAUCCGAACAAAAUACAGUAUUAUCCGGAUACUAUUGGUUGAAUUAUAUUUCAAUCUUACCUGGAGGUGUUCUCGCCCAUAAAUACGGAUCGAAAAUAGUAGGAGGGUAUGCGCAGCUGAUUUCUUCAGCGAUGUCAUCGUUGAUUCCGAUUGUGGCAAAUUAUGGCUAUCUGCAAGUGGCAUGGCUCAGAGCAAUCCAAGGAGUUCUAUCUUUUAUGUCUGUGCCAGCUGCAUUAUACACAAUAGUAGGAAAAUGGACCCCAUCUCAAGAAAGAGGUGAAUUUGGAGCUGCUUUUUUCGCUGGUUCGAUAUCUGGCAUGACUUCUGGUAAUUUUUUAUUCGGAUAUAUCGCCCAGUACCUCGACUGGACAUAUGUUUUCCAUUUCACCAGUAUUUGUGGAAUUAUUUGGAGCAUACUUUGGUACAUGUUGAUCCACGAUUCGCCUUCUCAACAUCCCACCAUAACGAAAGAAGAAAAAGAAUACAUUGAUAGUAGUUUACAGGAAGCUGCGUCAAAGACCAAGGCUAGAAUUCCAUGGAGAAGUAUUUUAUUCAGCGUACCUGUCAUUGUCAGUAUUUUAGCGAUGAAUGCAAAUAUGUGGGCUUGGGUGAUGUUGACAACCUAUUCACCAGUGUACCUUAGAAACAUUUAUGGGAUGGAUUCCAAUGAGAUUGGAAUAAUUUCAAGCGUACCUAACAUCGUAGUGGGAGUAUUAAUAUUUGGCAUAGCAUAUAGUAUCGAUACAGCACUGAAAAAGAACUUACUCAAAAUCACCAGCAUUAGGAAAAUUUGUUCUUUUUUAGGAUCAAGUUUUGCUUCCGUUCCAAUGAUAAUUAUUGCGUUUACUAAAUGUAACUUGACUCUAGUCAUCGUGUGCCUUUUAAUCCACUGCAUCACGAGACCCUUACUCUCAUUCGGAGCUCCAUUGAGUAUGAUGGACAUGAGUCCUCAAUUUUGUGGAAUUAUUGAAGGAUUAUCCGGCACAUCAUCUUCAAUUCAAAUGUUCGCAUUCACUUGGGCUGUGAAUUAUUUCACCGAAACAUUAGAUACUGAAAAACUAUGGGGAAUGGUAUUCUUAUAUUCGACAGUAUUUUUAGUAGUGUCAAACACGUUGUUUUUGAUUUUUGGCACUUCUGAGAUACAAGCUUGGAAUUUUACAACUUAUGAUGAAGAGCAUGGGCCUGAAGACUCACAAAAUGAAAAAUCCGAGACAUCUCCGUGACAAUGUUUUGAUUUUACUCCAAGUUAUAAAAACUAUGAACUUAUACAAUGCAAUAAAUAUUUUAUCCAAAAAAUAA